AUGGACGAUGAGCGCGCCGUAGAGCAUCGAAAGGAAGUGAACGCUUCCCCAGAAGGGCAAUCUUCUCAUGAGAUUGCGAGUUCUGCAGCUUCCCCAGCAACUUCCGGUUCCAGCACUGAAGACAAUACUUCAAACGACGGAGAACCAUCCACUGCAUUGGAGAAUGGCAGUUCCAGGUCAACUCGUGAUGGACAGUACGGUGACGACUACGUCAACCUUGUUCUCUCCCGUCGACAGACCAGCCGUGGAAGCGAAGGCGCUGAGGACAUGGCUCAGAUUGCAAAGCUGAUGUCUCGCAUGUUUGGCAAGGAAAGGAAAUCCGUUUCUGACGAGGAGAAAACCCGACAUGCUGGUGUCAUAUGGAAAGCCUUGACAGUAAAAGGGGUUGGCCUGGGAGCUGCAUUGCAGCCUACCAACGCCGAUAUCUUUCUUGCUCUGCCUAGAUUCAUCAAAAGCUUGUUGACAAGAGGCAGAAAAGGAAUCGGUGCCGGCCAUCACCCAUUGCGGACAAUACUCGACGACUUUACCGGCUGCGUGAAACCACGUGAGAUGCUCCUGGUUCUUGGACGGCCGGGGUCUGGAUGCUCGACUUUUUUGAAGGUGAUUGGCAAUCAAAGGGCAGGAUAUAAAAGUAUUGAAGGAGAUGUACGCUAUGGUGGCGCCGAUGCCCAACUGAUGGCCGACAAAUACCGGUCUGAAGUGUCCUAUAACCCCGAAGAUGACCUCCAUUAUGCAACUUUGACCGUCCGGGAUACACUGUUGUUCGCUCUUAAAACUCGCACUCCGGACAAAGAUUCGCGCAUUCCAGGGGAAAGCCGAAAGGACUAUCAAAAGACGUUUCUCUCUGCCAUCGCCAAAUUGUUCUGGAUUGAACAUGCGCUCGGCACAAAAGUCGGCAACGAGCUCAUCCGUGGUAUCUCGGGAGGAGAGAAAAAACGUGUAUCUAUCGCCGAGGCCAUGAUUACCAGAGCCAGCACGCAAUGUUGGGACAAUUCGACCAGAGGCCUUGAUGCCAGUACAGCUCUGGAAUAUGUACAGAGUCUGAGAACCCUUACUGACAUGGCGAAUGUAUCCACGGUUGUAGCGCUCUACCAAGCCUCUGAGAAUCUCUAUAACCUGUUUGACAAGGUCAUGUUGAUUGAAGAGGGCAAGUGCGCAUACUAUGGGAGCGCUCGAGAUGCAAAGGCAUAUUUUGAACGCCUAGGGUUUGAAUGUCCCCCGCGGUGGACCACCCCGGACUUUUUAACGUCGGUCAGUGAUCCACAUGCGCGGCGUGUCAAAAGUGGAUGGGAGGAUCGAGUUCCGAGAUCUGGUGAGGACUUCCAAAGAGUGUACCGCAAGAGUGAUACGUACAAGGCUGCCCUGCAGGAGAUUGACCAGUUCGAAAAAGAGUUGGAGACGCAGAAGCAUAAGUGUGAACAGGCGAGGCAGGAAAUGCCCAAGAAGAACUACACCAUUUCCUUCUAUGAGCAGGUCAUCGUUCUAACUCGUCGACAAUUUCUGAUUAUGUACGGCGACAAACAGACCUUGGUGGGAAAAUGGUCCAUGUUGACCUUCCAAGCUUUAAUCAUAGGAAGCUUAUUCUACAACCUUCCGCCCACAAGGUUCGUCGAUAUGUCCACCGAAGGAUGA